AUGCGUGUGUUCGAGCCAGCGGUGCACUCGCAGCUGCCUUCCUCUAUGGUUCUGGCCGAGUUCACCGCCGCCUCGGAGUGCGCCUGCCAGCAGGCUUGCCUCGCCAGACACGACUGCCUCAGCGUCAGCAUCACCAAAGAGGUUGUUGAUUCUGAAAACAGCGUCGUUAGGCUGGCAUCAAACAUCGGUGAGGAUGGCGACAGAACCCCGUCUGAGCAGAUCACCUCUAGCCCUAUUACGUGUCGUCUGGGCCGUCGGCGUGGUCACGCGGAGCUGAACCUGCCGUCCAUCUCCAGUGUGUUCUGGGAGCGCAUGGGCCGCAGCCACCUGGGCGACUUCUGCUCACACUUCUCCGAGUGCGUCACCGCCGGCGCCGUCUGCCACGACAACACGUGCGUGUGCGCGGCCGGGCUGCGUGCCGACGGCAGCUGCCACUGUCUGGAGAGAGCCGCCGGCGAGCCGUGCUGGUUUCAGACGUGCGACCAGGUGCGCUCGGCCGGUGUCCAAGAGAGCGGCGUCUGUCUACUGCGACACCCCACCGAGGAUGAUGGUCACCGGGAGUUCUGGGCGCGCUGCGAAAUGGCCGAGGACGGCCACGGCUGGACGGUGAUCCAGGCGAGAGAUCUGGCUAUCCAGAACGGCGGUAACUUCAACCGCUCCUGGAACGAGUACCUGAGGACGUUCGGCAGCGUCUCCGACAACCACUGGCUCGGACUGCGCAACAUUCGCGAGAUCAUACAGCUGGGCGGCGGCGAGCAGGCGCUGCGCAUCGCCCUGCAGGACGAGAGCGGCGCCUGGGACUACGCCGUGUACGACACCUUCCGGCUGGCCCCCGAGGAGCAGGGCUUCACCCUGACCGUGGACGGCUACCAGUCGUCCCUGGGCGGUCUCGGCGCCGCCAUGAGCGCCACGCACUAUGAUUGUAAGUUUUCCACUUACGACAAGGACCAGGACUCGACGGAGAACAACUGUGCCCUGCGUCUCGGCGGUGGCUGGUGGUACCUCCGGUGCAGGGGCGUCAGUCUGAACGGCACCCCGAACGAGUCGAGGCUGUACCGGCCCAGAGCCAUGUACUGGCCCGACUGGGGAGAAAAGAAGAUCGUCAAGUCGCUGAUGAUGAUCCGUACGGCCAAGGAUUAG